GGGUUUGUGAAGGGGGACCCAGGAAACUGAGUCCUGAAAGCAAGGAGGAGCUUCCAGAAUGAAGGGCGCCGUCAGGCCUCCCUGCCUUUGCUCAAGCGGUUCCUUCACCCCAAUCAAGUUCCUUCCCAUUUCUCCAUCUGUGGGGAUCCUGAUCGUGCACCUCCUCAGAGAAGCCCUCCUGGGUUCUCCAAUUCUAGUUUAUUGCUCCCUCCUGUCGAUCCUCCUGCACGCUCAUCGGGCUUGUGGACAAGGACUGGUAUGAGGAGAGGAUUCCCUGGAUCGCGGAGGGUCUGUAGAAGCAGCGCAGCCCGUUCCGAGGAUGCCAAAGGGGCCCCGGCAGAAGGGAAGUGGCCGUGCCCGGCCCUGCCUGCCACUAGAUCCCCACUCAUCUAUGACCGCUCAGUCCUGCUCUCCUACCAGACACACCUUUCCGCAAAGCCAGCGCACCCCACCCACUAUCUGCCUAGUCUAAACUCCAAGGCUGGGCGAGGCACUGAUCCACGGCUGGAACGACUCGGGGCAGCCUCUGGGUGAACAGCAGCGUGUACAUCGGCAGCGAACCAAGACCAGCGAGCCGACCAUGCGGCUGCACCGACUUCGGGCGCGGCUGAGUGCGGUGGCCUGUGGGCUCCUGCUGCUUCUAGUUCAGGGCCAGGGCCAGGACUCUGCCAGUCCCAUCCGGACCACACACACGGGCCAGGUGCUGGGGAGUCUUGUCCAUGUCAGGGGCGCCGAUACCGGGAUCCACACCUUCCUGGGAAUUCCCUUUGCCAAGCCACCUCUAGGUCCGCUGCGAUUUGCACCCCCUGAGCCCCCUGAAUCUUGGAGUGGUGUGAGAGAUGGAACCACCCAUCCGGAUGUGUGUCUUCAGGACCUCACCAUAACGGAUUCCGAGGUUCAGAGCCAAGUCAAUGUGACCAUCCCUUCCGUCUCCAUGUCUGAGGACUGCCUGUACCUCAGCAUCUACACGCCGGCCUACAGCCACGAAGGCUCUAACCUACCGGUGAUGGUGUGGAUCCACGGUGGUGGGCUUGCUUUUGGCAUGGCUUCCAUGUAUGAUGGUUCCAUGCUGGCCGCCUUUGAGCACGUGGUGGUAGUCACCAUCCAGUACCGCCUGGGUGUCCUGGGCUUCUUCAGCACUGGAGACAAGCAUGCAACUGGCAACUGGGGCUAUCUGGACCAAGUGGCCGCACUACGCUGGGUCCGACAGAAUAUCGCCCACUUUGGAGGCAACCCUGACCGUGUCACCAUUUUUGGCGAGUCUGCGGGUGGCACAAGUGUGUCUUCGCUUGUUGUGUCCCCCAUGUCCCAAGGACUCUUCCAUGGGGCCAUCAUGGAGAGUGGCGUGGCCCUCAUGCCCUGCCUCAUUGCCAGCUCAGCAGAUGUUAUCUCCACGGUGGUGGCCAAUCUGUCAGCCUGUGGCCAAGUUGACUCUGAGGCCCUAGUGGGCUGCCUGAGGGGCAAGAGUAAAGAGGAGAUUCUUGCAAUUAACAAGCCUUUCAACAUGAUGAUCCCCGGAGUGGUGGAUGGGAUCUUCCUGCCCAGGCACCCCCAGGAGCUGCUGGCCUCUGCUGAGUUUCAACCUGUCCCCAGCAUCAUUGGUGUCAACAAUGAUGAAUUCGGCUGGAUCAACCCCAGUGACACAAGUAUCUAUGACACUCAGAAGGAAAUGGACAGAGAGGCCUUCCAGGCUGUUCUGCAAAAAAUGUUAACGCUGAUGAUGUUGCCGCCUACAUUUGGUGACCUGCUGAUGGAGGAGUACAUUGGGGACAAUGGGGAGCCCCAGAACCUCCAAGCCCAGUUCCAGGAGAUGAUGGCAGACUCCAUGUUCGUGCUCCCUGCACUCCAAGUAGCACAUUUUCAGCGUUCCCGGGCCCCUGUGUACUUCUAUGAGUUCCAGCAUCAGCCCAGCUGGGUCAAGAAUAUCAGGCCGCCGCACGUGAAGGCAAACCAUGGUGAUGAGCUUCCUUUUGUUUUUGGAAAUUUCUUCUGGGGCAACUACGUUAAAUUCACUGAGGAGGAGGAGCGGCUAAGCAGGAAGACGAUGAAGUACUGGGCCAACUUUGCUCGAAACGGGUGAGACGGCACACUCCUGCCUCAACCUCCCCGGGUUGGGGGGAUUGUGCCCAUCCAGCAAUCUCCUAGUCUGGGGUGACCUCAUGAGCACACUUGCAUCUGAAUCACGUGAUAGCCUUUUCCCCAGCUCCGGGACCCACUUGGACAGGGUGAUGGUGCCGUGGGACAGUGGACACGCUCCAUCUCCCCGCUCUACCUGGAGGGUGGGCACCAGUGCUGUGCCACCGUCAGGGUCUCCCUCUCAGAGA